UAGGCAAAGGCGGUGCCGGUCCGGCCAGUGGAAGUGGCUGUGCGGCCCUUCGUUCCCUCGCGCGUCUCGUAGACUCAGUCCCGGUUCGGCUCGGCUCGGCCAUGGCCAGCGACUUCUACCUGCGCUACUACGUGGGGCACAAGGGCAAGUUCGGCCACGAGUUCCUGGAGUUCGAGUUCCGGCCCGAUGGAAAACUGAGGUAUGCCAACAACAGCAAUUACAAAAAUGACGUCAUGAUCAGAAAAGAGGCUUAUGUCCAUAAGAGUGUGAUGGAGGAACUGAAGAGAAUAAUAGAUGACAGUGAAAUCACAAAAGAAGAUGAUGCUUUGUGGCCUCCACCAGACAGGGUGGGCCGGCAGGAGCUUGAAAUUGUGAUCGGAGACGAACACAUUUCUUUUACCACAUCCAAAAUUGGCUCCCUUAUUGAUGUGAACCAGUCCAAAGAUCCUGAAGGUUUGCGAGUGUUUUAUUACCUGGUCCAGGACUUGAAGUGUUUAGUCUUCAGCCUCAUCGGUUUACACUUCAAGAUCAAGCCCAUCUAGGCUGGGGGUUUUUAACUUUUUGUGUCUGCUUGGGUGGUGGAGUUUUUCAUUCCUGUCAGAAGCCUUUUGUGUAAGCUAGGAAAAUAUUUUUUUAUAUACUGUGUAAGUGAUUGUCUUUAAUAAAUAUGCAGGUGAAUGCA